CACAGCACCUAAAACAAGUUACAAAAAAAAACACAAGAACUGAACUAAUUAGUUUGCCGAUACAGGAUUUCUGAAGUGUGUUUUGUUGAACGGUAAAAAUUGUGUGCGGACUAAAAGCGUUUUGAAAAUUGUUCUUUUUGAAAUUUGAAAAAUAAAAGCGAAAACGAUUGUUAAGUGCAAACUGUACAGAAACCGGACUAAUAUUUAAAUUAAUAUAUUAGGAAAAAUACCCGACACAUUCACAAAAAUGAAAAGCAUCGCUGUGCCGAUUAUAUUGUUGGGAUACGUAUUUACAAUAUCGUGUGAGACACAGCAAUCAUUACCUGAUUACGGUCACAAAAGCUCAUCCGUAUUGUCGGGGAUCGAUGACAUGACAUAUAACCUAAUAGAAAAACGUCCAGAGAGGUAUGCAUUCGGUCUGGGUCGGAGAGCAUACACGUACACUUCCGGUGGAUCAGGAGUGAAGCGGCUGCCAGUGUAUAAUUUUGGUUUAGGGAAAAGAGCCAGACCUUACGGAUUUGGAUUAGGCAAACGUACCCAAGACGACGAUCCAGACUCCUAUCAGAACUAUGACAUUCCCAUGGAUUUAUCGUAUUUCGAUAACCAUAAUAAAAAUUCUGAAGCAUCCGAAAAACGUGCCAGACCAUACAGUUUCGGGCUUGGUAAGCGAUUAUAUUCGUCAGACGACAAUGAAGUGGAUCGAAGACAAGAGAGAUUGUACAACUUUGGGCUAGGAAGGCGUUAAAAAUUUUUUGGGAAGAAAAUUAAAUAAAAUUAAAAUUAAAAGCUGUAAAUAAGAACCAUACCAUUUACACUGUUUGCUGGAAUAAAAAUAUAAAUUUAAAAUGGCGUCGAAAGGUUUUUCGUAUCUACACUGCAAAACAAAAAUUAUUGACAACAGAAUAGAUAAACCCAACAGAUGCAAUCACUUCGAACAAGUUAUUUCUUUAAGAUGUAAAAUGUUGUAAAGAACGAUACAAUUAACUAAUUUAAACAAACAGUUUUUAAUAAAAUUGAAGAACUUUCAUCUUUGUCUUAUAUUGGAUAUUGGAAAAAUGAAAUGGAAAUGUAAACGAAUUUUUCGCAUAGAACGUGAACAUAAAUAACAAAAAAAAAAAUUGAAAUCAAUAAAUUUACUAAAUUGUCUAUCCAAUCCAUCUAAAACUUACUUAUAAUAUCUAUAAAAAAAAAUAAAACUCAAUGUAAAAGCAUAAAAAAUUUAUUUUUUAAUUAAAAGAAAAUCAUUUCUUUACGAAUAUAAAAACAAAACAAAAAAAAAAUUAACAAAAAAAACUAUUUAUUCAACAUUCCAGUGAAAUGCCCUAGAUAUAACAAAUUAUCACUUAAAACUUAAAUAUAUUUUUCGGAUUGUACUUGUGUCAAUAAAAUGAGGUAAAUUUAACAAAAAA